AUGGCUGAUACCGAGGAAGCUUUUGGACUCCCGAGUACCCCAAAUGAUUCGGAUUCAAAGGAGUUACAGAACGAAAGCAAACAAGACAGCCAAAUAGGAACUUCGAGCAAAUCUCCAUCGCCGCAGACAACAUACACUCAACAGGGAAUGGAAGGAAUAAAGGUUUACUUGCACGAAAGAGAACUUUGGACAAAGUUUCAUGAAGUGGGAACCGAAAUGAUCAUCACAAAGGCGGGGAGGCGAAUGUUUCCAAGCUACAAAGUGAAGGUUACUGGACUGAAUCCAAAAACGAAAUAUAUUCUCUUGAUGGAUAUAGUACCAGCUGACGAUCACCGCUACAAAUUCGCUGAUAAUAAAUGGUCUGUGACGGGGAAAGCAGAGCCUGCCAUGCCCGGGAGGUUGUAUGUCCACCCAGACUCACCGGCGACGGGGGCGCAUUGGAUGAGGCAGCUUGUCUCCUUCCAGAAGUUAAAACUAACAAACAACCACCUCGAUCCUUUCGGACAUAUCAUACUGAAUUCCAUGCAUAAGUAUCAACCCAGGCUUCACAUUGUGAAAGCAGAUGAGAACAAUGGAUUCGGCUCCAAAAACACAGCGUUUUGCACUCACGUGUUUUCCGAAACAGCAUUCAUUGCUGUCACAUCCUACCAAAACCAUAAGAUUACACAGUUGAAGAUUGAGAAUAACCCCUUUGCCAAAGGUUUUCGGGGGAGUGAUGACAUGGAGCUGCAUCGGAUGUCGAGGAUGCAAAGCAGUAAAGAGUACCCGGUGGUCCCACGCAGCACGGUUCGCCAAAGGGUGGGAGCCAGCCAGAGCCCUUUCAGCGGGGAGGUGCGAGGGCUUGCCACGCCUGGCAGUUUGGGCUCCCAGUACCCAUGUGAGAAUGGGGUCACUAGCACCACCCAGGACCUACUGUCCCAGUCAGGCCCCUAUCCCCUCCCCCAUGAGCACAGCCAGGUCUACCACUGCACCAAGAGGAAAGUGGAGGAUGAGUGCCACACAGGAGACCACCCAUUUAAGAAGUCCUACAUUGAGAGCUCCCCCAGCGAGGAUGAGACUUACUAUCGGUCCACCAGCUACUCCCAGCCCUCCAGCUUGACGGGCCCCUACAGGACUGAGUCGGCGCAGCGCCAGGCCUGCAUGUACGCCAGCGCCUCGCAAGCGACAGAGCCAGUGCCCAGCCUGGAGGACAUCAGCUGUAACACCUGGGCGGGCGUGCCGCCCUACACCAGCUGCCCGGUGACAGCCAUGCAGCCCAUGGAGCGGCUGCCUUACCAGCAUUUCUCUGCCCACUUCACCUCUGGGCCCCUGGUACCCAGACUGAGCGGGGUGGCCAGCCACGCCUCACCCCCGCUGGGCGAUGCCCACAGCAUGUACCAGAGCUCAGUGUCCCACCAGCCCCUUGCUCGACAGUGCGGGCCCAGCGGAGGCAUCCAGUCGCCUACUGCUGGCCUGCAGGGCAACGAGUAUCUCUACCCUCACAGCAUGCCUCGCACCCUCUCUCCACACCAGUACCAUGCAGUACACACCGUUGGCAUCAUGCAGGAGUGGAGUGAGAGCAGCUAA